GUCACCCAACGAACACCUAUAUAACAACCGAAAGUAAAGUAUACAUUUAAAACCUUAUCAAUGGACUAUUCCGAAAAGACUUCCGAUAUCCCCGAACCGAAAAUCUGUAUUUCUACCAGCGAUUUUGAACACCUUGAGCAACGUCAGACGUUCUAUGAGAACUACUUGGAGUACCUCCGAGGUCCGGAGAUCGAAAGUAACAAGGAAAGAGGUUUGAUCGAGCAAAAUGUUGUUCCGAAGAUUUUGGCUCAGUAAGACACUGAACUAGAUGAAGAACGGGAAUAUCUGAAGGCGAUUUUGUGUUGCGCCUACCAAAUGUGUAGCGGACUGCGGGCGUAUAUUCAAAGUGAGAUUAACAACGUAUUCUUUCGCUGCAUUCACGAAACGGAGCAAGUCGAUGGGAUCCCAGAGCUCUUGGAGGUCUUUGCCGAAAUAAUUGGUGGAUAUGAAGUGCCUUUAAGGGCGGAACAAGAGCAGUUUCUGGUCGAUAUCCUCUUGCCGAUGCACAAACUUGACAACCUCGAGUUCUACCACACUGAACUGGUGAAAUGCAUUACCCAAUACCUCGAAAAGAACAACCUCCUGGCCGGACCGCUGAUAGUCGGCCUUUUGAGGUUCUGGCCAAAGAUGUCUACCAAAAAGGAGGUCUUGUUUAUAGAAGAAUUGGAAGGGAUUCUGGAAAUGGCCGAUUGGCUACAAUUUGAUGUAAUCCAGGAGCCUCUGUUUCGUCAGAUUGCCAAGUGCAUGUCGAGUACAAGUUCUCGGGUUGCUGAACAGGCUCUUUAUCUGUGGGUCAAUCCGGUGGUCCUAAGUCUGGUAGAGGCCAACUAUGAGACCAUCAUGCCUAUCGUGUUUCCAGCUCUCCAUGUCAUCAGCCACAAUAAGUGGGUGGAGGACAUUAUGGACCUUGCCCUUCAAGUACUAUGUAUGUUCCUGCGGAUGGACAAAAAUCUGUUCAAAGAGUUGGCCUUCAACUUCGAGGCAGAGCGAGAGAAGGGGAAACAAUUUGAGCUCGAGCGAGAAAUGCGAUGGAAGAAGGUUUACGAACUGGAAGCCAAGAACAGAGCACUGCACUCCAAAGACCAAAAACUCCAAUCUACAAGCCAAAAACUGAAAUUCGAAUUUAAAAUGUAUCCCGAAUCUAUAAUAGAGGAAUUGAAAUCAGAACUCCGCGAGCCGAAACACAAACUCCACCAAAUUUACAGGCCGUAUGCAGGUAGCAGAAAACACACUGUUCAGAUGAAAAGUACAAUAAGAAACUUUCUGUUGAAUGUUGAAAAAAAAUGAAAAAACUUGAUAAAAAUUUGCUAUACAAGUUGGAAAAAAGCUAUACAAAAUGAAAAAAAAAAAUUGUUGUAAGUGAAAGCCAGUUAUCAUUAGGAAUAAUUAUGUUAUCAAGUUAAGCACAAGGGACUGAAUUGUUUUUAUAACAUAAAGUAAAAAAAAAGGCCAGUGUGCUAAAUAGAAAAUGCUACUAAAAACUAAGAAAGCAUUUAUAAAUAUAUAUGUAUAAAGGCAUUCGGAUUAGUAAGUAGAGUUUACAAUUAACACAACCCGCAGUUCCUAUAACGCGUCUUUCUUCUCAAUGCUGGUCAAAUCAUAAAGGAGGACCCGCCCCCAAAGCUGAUGGGCGUAAAAGCGACGAUUGCUGCGAAUUCAAGAGUAAAAUCCAAAUUUAUUAUCAACAUCGUUGUAACAUUACAAAUUGGGGAACCACAGU